AGAUCGCAGCGCGGACCGGCUCCUGGCACCAGCGAGCCAAACUGGAUUUCAACCGGUGAUCUGCGAGCAGUGCGCGCCCCUCGGCCAGCAUGACGAGCGAGGUGGUGGAGAAUGAGUUUGAGUUUUACUCCAAGGCGGAGAAGUACUGGAAGGACGUGCCCGCCACGGUGGACGGCAUGCUGGGGGGCUACGGCCACAUCUCCAGCAUCGACAUCAACAGCUCCAGGAAGUUCCUGCAGAGGUUUCUGCGGGAUGGUCCCAACCGGACGGGCGCUGUGGGCUGGGGGGCGGGCAGCGGCCGGAUCACCAAGCGGCUGCUGCUGCCCCUCUUCAAGACGGUGGACAUGGUGGACGUGACGGAGGACUUCCUCACCAAGGCCAAGAGCUACCUGGGAGAGGAGGGCAGGCGGGUGCGCAACUACUUCUGCUGCGGCCUCCAGGACUUCAGCCCCGAGCCCAACUCCUACGAUGUCAUCUGGAUCCAGUGGGUCAUCGGACAUCUCACCGACAACCACCUCUCUGACUUCCUGAAGCGGUGCCGCACCGGCCUGCGGCCCAACGGCAUCGUGGUCAUCAAGGACAACAUGGCUCAGGAGGGCGUGAUCAUGGACGAUGUGGACAGCAGUGUCUGCCGGGACCUGGACGUGGUCCAUAAGAUCAUCCGCCGAGCUGGGCUGCACCUCCUGGCCGAGGAGCGCCAGGAGAACUUCCCCGAUGAGAUCUACCAUGUCUACACCUUUGCCAUGAGAUGAGGGUGACUGGUGAUGGGAGAAGGUCUCUCCGGGGCCAGCUCGGGGCACGGUCCAACACGGUGGCUUCUGCCAGAAGGGUGAGGACCAUGCCUUCACCGCGGGGUGGUGGACAGCGGCAAGGGUGUCGCGACUCCCUCCCUCCGGGGCUGGUGACAAGGAUGGGGCUUUGUCUUCCAAGUUGCUGCUGUUUGUGAAAAGACGUGUUUGCCAAAUACAUUUUCCUGCUGUUGCACUUC